AUGGAACAGCCAGAAUCGAAUCCAACUUUUUGUACAAAUAAUUGUGGGUUUUAUGGUUCAUCACAGUUUGAAGGAAUGUGUUCAAAAUGUUAUCGUGACCAUGUCAGUCGUUCAUUAACUGCUGGACGAACGAAUUCAUGUAAUAGCUAUUAUGCUUCUUCCAAUACGCCUGUGACAUCAUCAUCUCAAACGCUACUCUCAAACACAUCUAACAAUGAUUUACAACAAAUGAGAGAUGAUCAAGAUGAAGUUCUUGGUCGUAUGGAUGAAGAUAAUGAUCUUCCUCCAAUAAAUUCAACAGUGAAUAAAAUGGAUGAUGAUAACAGUGAAUCACCUUUGGCACUUGACGAACAAUCACCAACAACAAAACAAGAUAAUGAACAAACUAUUGAUGAAUCAUCUACUAGUCUUCUUACUCGUGUCGUAUCUGCUCCCACAAUGCCAAUUGUUAUUUCAAGAAAUAUUGAUAUACCUGCUAAGAAUGAUUCAAAUAUUUCACUUUCAGUUAUGGAAACUAGUUCACUAGGAGCUGAAUCAAUAUCUCCAUUGACCGCAUCCAGUGUUGAUAAAAAACAACGUAGUCGAUGUACAUGGCCAACAUGUAAUAAAAGACUUGGAUUAACGGGCUUCGAUUGUCGUUGCGGAGGACAAUUCUGUCCACUACAUCGUUAUGCAAAUGAACACAAUUGCACAUUUGAUUAUAAAGAACAUGGUCAAAAUGAAAUUCGUAAAAAUAUGCCUGUUGUACAAGCAGAACGUGUCCGAAGAAUUUAA